UACUAUACCCAUAAAUCUCAGUAUUUUUGCAUAAUCGCCUAAUCUCCCUCACUAGCACUUUCUGUGACGUUAAGGGGGCGUGCGCCUUUUCAGCAAAUUAUCAACGCAUCGAACUCCGAUUGGGCGACGUCCUCCACGUGACUCACAUCGUCCAAUCAGCGGCUAUCCCGAUGAAUACAUUUCCAUCUUUCUAAAGGUGAGUUCUGAAAAACGAUGACGUGAAACGAUGAAGUCUUGCUGUGUUGUCACCAUCUGUUUGCACAGGAACAAAGUGCUUCAAAGCAAACAUGAUGAAAUAAACAGACGUGUCAAGUUUCGAAAACCGGCAAGGCUACAUUGCACAAGGGCUCCAGAACUGAAGCUAUCCCGAUAACGUUUCGAAACAAAUUUCAACCAGAGGGAAAUAGCGCUAUAUUAUUUUUCGCGAGUACGUACUGUGAAGUUUCUGCGUGGUUCGUGAAGACUCUUGCGCAAUAUUGUACAUAAGUGCGCAGUAGUUCUGAGUGUGCCUCCGCUGCGCGAGGAUGAACGUGGGCACGGCGCACAGUGAGGUCAAUCCAAACACCCGAGUGAUGAACAGCAGGGGUAUAUGGCUCUCCUAUGUGCUUGGCAUCGGCCUCCUACACAUAAUACUGCUCAGCAUACCGUUCGUCAGCGUUCCUGUGGUCUGGACCCUCACCAACCUCAUCCACAACUUGUGCAUGUAUAUCUUCCUACACACGGUAAAAGGAACGCCGUUUGAGACUCCAGACCAAGGCAAGGCCCGGCUUCUAACCCACUGGGAACAGAUGGACUACGGGGUCCAGUUCACCGCCUCUCGAAAGUUUCUCACCAUCACCCCUAUUAUACUGUAUUUCCUGACCAGUUUCUAUACAAAGUAUGACAGGGUCCACUUCAUCAUCAACACCAUUUCCCUGCUCACUGUGCUUAUCCCCAAACUGCCUCAGUUCCACGGGGUCCGUCUCUUUGGAAUUAAUAAGUACUGACAAGGCUUUGAUCUACAACACAAGAGGAUGUGUGGCCACUUUCUCUGUGGGAAUAAAAAAGGGGGAAAUUUAGAGCUUCAAUGGAUGCUCUGCUGCUUUGCGGUCAAAGUGGCCGAACAAUCUGCUAUGGUAUCACUUUUAUUGAUGUUACAUUCAGUAGAUACAAACACAUUUGUAGAACCACCAGCAGAAUGCAGCAAAAGAGGGUCUCGGGAUAUGUUAGGACCACCAUUAUACUCUGUAUUGAAACAGACAGUGUUGGUUAAGAGCGUUAUAUACGCCAUUGGGAACCAUGUGUUAGAUUUCAGUCACUUUGGCAGAAAUGCUGCAUUGAUGCAAUGAAUCAGAUGGGUCAAAAUAGGCUGAUUCUUAACUGUUUUGGGGGCCUGAGUCAGCACUUCCCAAAGUUCAGCACAAGGUGUUUAGAAAGAGAAAAAAGGUACUGUGUUUCUGAAGAAAGUGUACAAGGCUAUUUUUAGCACAGGUGCAAAAGACUGGCUUCAAUCCCAUAGUUGGACAAUGUCAUCCUGUCCUGACAAUACUUUUGCUAGACAUGUAUUUCAUGAUUUUAGAUUUAAAACAAAACUAGUUAAAUUUAAUAUAUGCACAACCUGUUAAAAUAUUUUAUGUCGUAGUGUUUUUUUCCAGAGCCCUAACAGUUUCAAACCUCUCGCUAUUUUAUAACAUGCACUUAAUAUUGAGUAACAAAAAAGCUAGUUGGUUGCUUGUAAAAACCUAGAUGAGUGGCUUCUGAUGGGGAGAACAGGUGCAAGGGAAUAUUGGAUUAGAUAAUUUUUCCCCCAAGAGAGAAACUGCAGUCUAACUUUGCAUAUGACCUUUGGACCGUAGUCUGUCUCAUUGUACUCUUGUGUACAACUCUUGCACUUCUUGUCCAGGUCUUAGUGAGGAUAGAUCAAAUGUUAAUGCAGUUUGCUAAGUUACAGAAUAUUUCUGCAAAGCAUCAUCAAAAUGUGAAUAAGAUGUGUAAGUGCUUAUCUUUAUUGUUUUAUGUCUGUCUCACAAAGGCAGUAACUGAAACAGAUUUUUUUUUUAAAUUGGCAAUUCAAAGCAAACCUGUCUGUCACAGUACAGAUCUACAGAUUUGAGUUUUGACCAAAUACUGUAUGUAGUUACUGCAUUUUGCCUGUGAACAGCAGUAUGGACUGAUGACAGGCCCUGUGAUAUGCAUUUUGCACGACAGUACUAUAAUGUGCAUAAUUUCUAAUAAUUAGUAAAUAUCUUAAUUUUUGUACCAAAAAGUCAUAUUGGAAUGAUGUAUGGUCUGUGACUAACCCUGCAGGCAUAUUCCUAGUACAUACCAAGCAAGAUUCUCUAAAGGUUGCUUUGAAAAUGACAUUGCUUGCCUUUAUUUUCUAAUACAGCAUUUCAUUGUCAUAUUUAGUAACAAUUUGUUAUAUCGGUGUCUCAGUCGUGCUCAGUGUGGAGUUUGUUUUAUUGCUGCCCUCUCUUCAGUGGAAUACAGUCAGAACAAUUGUGAAACUAGUAAUCCUGCAUAUGUGGAGCAAUGUCUUAUCUAGCAGAUCAGUUGACCUUGGUCUAUAUUUGUCCCUUAUCUUAGUUUGCGACUGACAGAUGCUUGUUUAUUGUCGACAUGAUCAGUAUUUGCAAUAAUACUUAUUAUGGAAAAUGUAUUUUGCAAAUAGCUUUAUUACAGUCGAUGAUUUCUUCAUAAUUGAUUUGUUGACAGGGUACCUCGCAAUUGUGUUUAAUGCAAUUGCAGAUCAACAUUGUGACAGGGCUGAUAUGUCAAAAUCAUUUUUACUGUUGAGCUCAUUUGUUCAUCAGCUGGGCUUCAGUUCUCAUCAUUUGCAGAUGUUUUGUCUCUCAUUCAACUGGCUUCAUCAGGUGUAGCUAAUGGGAUGUUCCUUGAAAUUACAUUUUGUCCCAUGUUGUAUUAGUACAUUUACACUAUUUAAUACUGCAAGCGGUGAAUCUUUAUAUUUUGGGAACUGUAAGAACAAGAACUCCGGCUUGAGAAUUUGUUGUGGUGUGGUAAUCGUAGGUGUUGCGUACCGUGCUGCAUCUGGCCUUACCAGCUGGCAGGAUGUUGAUGUCAGUUUUCAUGCCGAGUGAUAAUCAGAGACUUUCUUUCUCUUAUAGUCAAGUACAAUGUCUUUUAGUUGCAGCAGAGCCUCUCGGACAAAUUGUCAGUUGUAAAACUGUUCUUCCCUCUCUGUUUGACGGUUUGUCCUGUUUGCAUUCACACAGUGAUUGUGAUUGACAGCAACUCCAUCAGCAAUUCACUAGCUGCACGGCGGGAUGCUGUGCAAGGUUAAAAAGCAGGGAUAAUCUUAUCCUGUGACUGAUGAAGCGUAUUCAUCAGCUAAUGUGAAACAAUGCGCAGUAAUGAAUGAAUGAACUCUACCUGACAUUUUACAAUGAGCCAGAUGAAUGAAAAUGAACAUUUAAAGGGACAGUUCAGCCAAAAAUAGAAAUUCUGUCAUUUAUUAACAUUCAUGUCAUGUCCAAAGCUGAUUUUCGUUCUUAUGUGGAACACGAAAGGAUAUUUUGAGUACUGUUUUUCAUAUGAUAAAAGUCAGUGGGGUCCAAAACAACAACUUUAAAAAAAUAAAAAAAAUAAUCUUAUUUUCUGAUAUCUACAUAAAAAAGCAAAUCAUAGAGGUUUGGAAUGACAUGAAGGUGAGUAAACGAUGGCAGUAUUUUCUUUUUUUGGAAGAACGGUCCUUUGGUCUAUGGCUUAAAAAUAGAUUGACUUCCUCUAGUUUAACAAAUGAGAAAAUGUACCUUAAAGACAGUGACGAUAUAAAGAAAGCACCACACCAGUAUUCCAGAGCGCAACGUGAGCCAGGGCCGUGCUUUUGGGUUGUUACCCAAAGCCUACCCAAAACUUUUUAAACAUUGACUGGGUGAGAGUUCAUCAGAAUGGGCGAGAGUGAGACCUCAUGUGUCAGUGUCAGUUCUCCAUUACUAGCUGCAGCCUAUGUAAGCUGUCUAUCACCCUGUCAACACGUCUCUCCCCUCAGUGAGCAGAUCCAUUCCAAACAUGAGGCGUUUCCUUCCUUCUACACAUUUUACAGUGGUUUAACAGGGCUUUUUCACUAGCAUAUUUCUGUAUGACACCCCAGAUGGUACGUGUUUUAUUUUUAAAUAUUGUGUGCUAUGGCUUUGUGUGUAUUGUAUUACAGUAACAUCGGCCCUGAAAGCAGUCUGCACCUGUAGCAUUUAAGGUUAUAUAGUAUUAGCGUGAAGGGCUAUCGGUAACAGGACAAAGUCACACUGAAGCUGACUGUUCUUCACUUCUGGGAAUUUCUUUUAUAUACAGAGAGAAUUGAAUAAUUUGUUAUGACAUGUACACUACUGUUCAAAGGUUUGGCAUUGGUAAGAUUUGUUUUUAAAGAUUUUUGAAAGAAGUCUCUUAUGUUCGCUGGAUUUACUUGAUCAAAAAUACGGUGAAACUAGUAAUAAUAUUACAAUGUAUUAUUACAGUUAUUAAAUAUUAUUACAAUUAAAAAAUAAUUGUUUUGAAUGAUUGAAUUUAUUCCUGUGAUGGUAAAGCUAGUUUUUAAGCAGCCAUUACUCCAGUCUUCAGUGUCGCAUGAUCCUUUUGUAACAAUGUUAAAAGUCUUUACUGUCUAUUUAAUGCAUCCUUUUAUUUAAUACAUCCUUUCUUGAUAAAUACAUUCAUUUAUUAAAAAACAAAACAAAAAAAACAAACAAACUUACUGAUCCUAAACUUCUGUACGGUAGUGUAGAUGGAGUAGAUAACAUGAUAACUUGGAUACUGAGAGUAGGUGUAUUGGUAAUUACAAAAGUGAUGGCAUUUACAUAUUAAACUGAAGGUUUGAUUUGUAGUGCACUGUAAGACAAAAACAUUUUUUUUUAAAUUCUGAAAAACAGAAUGUCUGACAGGAGUUUAUCUGUUAAUAUUACAGACAUUUCCUUUAAACCCCAAAACACAAUGCCAUGCAUAAUUUAAAAUACGGGUAAAACACCUGUGAAAAAUCAUUUCAUAUUAACUUUCAUAUUAACACAUUUUUACAGACGUUUCUUAGAGUGUGGUAGAUGUUAAAAUAUGAACUGUUCAACUGAAAUGCUUUUAAUUAUUCAUUUAUGUAAUGUCAUUAGGAAUAAAAUUGAAUUUUAAAGGAAAAAGUCU